AUGUCCAACAGUGCCUGGGACAGCGUCGCCGAGGCCUACGCCGAGCGGGUCGAGCCCUUCACCUCCCAGUUCGCCGCUCCUCUGCUCGACGCGGCGUGCGAGGCGCUCGGCGGCGUGGCUCUGACGGGCGCGCACGUGCUCGACGUGGCGGCCGGCAGCGGUGCGGUUGCGCUCGAGGCGCUUCGGCGUGGAGCGAAAGUGACCGCGACCGACGGCUCGGGCGAGAUGCUGCGUGUGGCUUCGGAACGGGCAACGUCUCCUCACUCGCACCACAGCGUGCACAGGAUCGCCGAGCUGAGCCGCUGCGUGCGGCCCGGCGGCGCCAUCGCCUUCUCCGCCUGGGGCUCGGCCGAAGAGACGGCCGCGUUCCAGCUCAUCCCGACCGUGGCGAGGGAGACGCUCGGGGAGGAGGCGACGGCGCCUCCCGCCGGCGCGGCGCGGCGCAUCGACGGGUCUCCCGCGGUGCUCUCCGCGCUGCUGCGCGCCGCCGGCCUCGAGCCGCACGUGCGCGGCGACGAGCGGGCCGCGCUGCUGCGGGCCGCUGUCCUCUCGGCCCUCGACCAGCGGUUCGGAGGCGGCGAGGUCCGGCUCGAGGCGAGCGCGUACCUCGCCGUCGGAGUCGCGCCGAGGGCCCUCCCGCCGCUCUUUGUCGGUCCGGCUGGCUUCGCAGCGGAGCGCUUCUGCGCGGUCGAGAUCAACUCCACGGCGUACGCGCUGCCCUCGCCCGCCACCGUUGCUGCGUGGCGCGCCCGCUCCGGCCGCGGCUUCCGCUGCUGCCUGAAGGCGCCCGCAGCUUUCACACACGCGGCGAACCCGCGCGACCCGUCUGCUCUCGGCGCGCUGACGGCCUUUCUCGCGCGUGCGCUCUCCCUCGGCGCCCCCCUCGGCCCGCUCCUGCUGCAGUUCCCGCGCUCCGUCGCCGCCGACGCCGCCCUCCUCGAAGACAUCGCCGCUGCCGUCGAGGAGGCGGAGCAGGGCGCCGCAAGCGCGCUCGCCGCCGCGCCAGCCGCCGCCCCCGCAGCAUCGCCGGCCACGUCGCCCGCCGCGUCGCCCGCCUUGCGAGUCGCGCUCGAGGUGCGCCACGCCUCGUGGCUCGACCCGCAGCGCGGCCUGGCCGACUGGCUCCGGCGGCGCGGCUGGGCGCUCGUGGCGCACCCGGACAGCAUGGGGCGCGCGACUGUGGAGCAGGGCGCGAGGGGCGAGGCGCGCAGCGAGUACCCUCCCUCCGACCUUGACCGGCAUUGGCCCCAGACGGCGCCGUUUGCGUACGUGCGGCUACACGGCGGGUGCGACGACCACGCCUACGACUACGGCGAGGACGAGCUGCGCCGGCUGGCGGCGGUGGUCCACGGCUGGCGCAUGCGCGGGAUCGAGGUCUGGGCGUUUGUGCUCAACGACUCGGAACAGGCCGCCAUGCCGCGCAACGCCGAGGCGCUCAAGCGCUUGGCGCACGAGAUAGCCGGCGAGCCCGUGCCUCGCCCGCCAAAGGCGGCCGCGGCCACUCUCGCAGGCUUCUUCCGCGCCAGCCCCUCCCCCUCGUCGAAGAGACAGAAGAGCUAG